AUGACCGCUGCUGCUACAUCCAUGGGGCUAACCUCCGAGGGCCCCUCUCCUGCUAAACAGAGGCUCACCGGCCUCAUCGCCGUCGCCGGUUUCCUCUUCCUCAUCUUCGUCGUCUUCCUGAUGAAGAAGGCCUGGUGCGAGGAGCCAAUCACGAAGAAGAGCGCCGUGGAGUCGGUGAGACAAGACGACGUGGACGGAAACGUGUACGAGACCAGUCUGGACAUGGUCAGGAGCAAAGACGACGAGAAUGUUUACGAAAACCUGCCGAUGGACGGCCCUGAAGACAAAGUUACCUCCAUGUUGAAGAUGCUGUGGAGUCUGUUUGUGUUCAUUGUGAUGGGUCAGUGUUCCUCCAUUGGGGGUCAGCUGUAUGACUACCACUUCAUUGGAGAGAAUAUGACCUGGAAAGCAGCCCAGAAGUAUUGCAGAAAGUACCACACUGACCUGGCCACAGUGUCUAACCAGACAGACAUGAAGAGACUCCUUAACUCCACGACUGAACAGUAUCCAGACGGAGCCUGGAUUGGGCUACAAGACAACACACCAAACAUCGUGUGGCACUGGUCUCUGCCAGGGGUGAAGUUCAACGAGACUGAGAGUAAAUGGUCUCAAGGAGAGCCGAAUAAUUUAGGCAAACAGGAGAACUGUGUGAUGAAGAUGAAGAAUGACAAAUGGAAUGACAUCUCUUGUUCUAACAGCUAUAACUUUAUCUGCUAUGACGAAGACAAGAAAUCUGACAAAACAUUUUAUAUCAGUCACAAGAAGAUGAACUGGACAGACGCUCAGAGAUUCUGCAGAGAAAAUUACACUGACCUGAUCAGUGGAGUCAAACAGCUAGGAGACUUCAAGACACAGCACCAGAAUGAUGCAGAAACUUUCUGGAUCGGCCUGUUCAGAGACUGCUGGUGUUGGUCAGAUGGGAGCAAUUUCUCUUUCAGAUCCUGGGAUAAAGACCCUAAGAAGUCAUGUGCAAUGACUACGUUAAAUGGAAAAUGGAGCUCCGAUGACUGUGAUGAAACCAAACCCUUCUUCUGCUACAAUGAUUCAGUGAUCCUGAUCAACCAGAGCAUGAUCUGGGAGGACGCGUUAUACUACUGCAGAGAUCGCUAUGGCGACCUUGUCUCCAUCACCAACCUGGACGAUCAGCGCUGGGUCCAGGAGAGAGCCAAGAUGGCUUCCACUCCCCACGUGUGGCUGGGACUGCGCUACACCUGCACUCUGGACUUCUGGUUCUGGGUCAGUGACGAGACGGUCCACUACAAGAACUGGGCCCUCCCCCAGUCUGGGAACAACUGCAACAUGUCUGGAGCCAUGGACCGAAAUGGAACUUGGGUCAAAAAGAUCGACGACAACCACAAACUUAAUUUCAUCUGUUCCAAGAACUAACC